AUGGAUGCUCAGCGAAUCAAUCAUCAACAAGCUGUUGCUCGCCGAAGGAAGACGGUUUUCCGAAAACUGAGACAGCUCUGUCUACAAUACAACUACAAAGCCGUUGUCCUCAUUGCCGACGAGCAAGGAAACAAUCAAUGGUUAUACAAGACUCAUGACCAGAUCCCAGGACUAGAGCAGAUCCAGGAACAUCCAAGAACGAAAAAUAAUAACGAUGAUUUCCUACCGCUGACUAGCGCCGACACUGUCGACUCAGCAGAUAACAGACACCAAUUAGAUCUGCUUAGAGCUUUGACGCCCCCCACAUUCAACAAGAUGAGCCCCGAUAUUAUUAUUACUCCAAUCAAACAUGCUUUGUAUCAACAAGGUCAUAAAACGACAGACAUAGAGCGUUUACCAUCAAUCCUCCAAGAAUCUAAAAAUGAACCGCCGCCAACGAUUGUCGAUCUAUUGAGGGAAAAUGGAAGAUUGCGUCAAGAAUUAGCGUAUCAUCAAGAACUUUCAACCGCUCUAAUGGAUGUACUUGAAAGCACAAAACUCGCUCGUCGCAUUCUUGACGAAGCACUGUUAGAGAUGCCUUAUUUCCCUGAUGCACAAAAUGCGUUGGCAGUUCUCAAAGGAAAAUUUUCUUCCGCCUAUAGCGUCAUCAAAGAAGGAUUGAGAAAGUCGUCUUACAAGAUCUCCUCAUCCGAAUCCCGCUUACUGGAAUUUUUUGGGAUCACUUUCGACGAUACUGAGGGAAGAGACUUCACUAUUAUUUGA